ACUCCUUUCCGAGUUCCAUUCCUAUCAAACUCAACUGAGGCAAAGCUUGAUCCCAAAAGUAUUGAGCAAAAACGGCAUUUUAUCCAACAAAGCCGUAGCACCGUCAGCACUGUGUCGCUUUCAGAUGAAGUAUCCAAGAAAAUACAAGAUAGUUUCGUUACGCUGUGCUCAACACUUGACAAAAAGGUAGAUAAAGCUGCAUAUCUCAAUGAAAUGCUGAUCAUGUCGAGGCUAGUCGCAUCCUCUAGCGGAAGUGGAGUUGUAGAAUUUGAACACUGGGAGCAUGCUGUGCGCAUGUCGGCAGCGAAUACUUCAGCAAUGUCAGCGUGGAGAUCUCAACAUGUGUGA